AUGGACAACCCACAGCCCUCUAGCGGGGCCAACACAGAUCUCGUCCUUUCCGAAAUUCUAGCUACUCUGAAGAAAAUGCAAACCGACCAUUCGCAUCUGGCUGCUAGUGUAGAAUCUCUUCAAAGCCGCCUCGAUGUCUCCAAUUCUGUCAAUCAAUUACGCAACGCCCCUCACCCUAGAGCCAGUAUCAGAGAUUCCCCCAGCUUGGAUCCAAUUCAAUUGGCAAAAUCAGCAAAUGGGAUUUCCUCACCUCCACAAGACGCCUCUAUGAGAACACCCCCCUCUCCAACAGCCAGGAAAUCGUCAGUCACUUCGCGUAUCAUCCUCACGACUUAUCCAGGGCAGUCAGGAAUUGAUCCAAUCCCUCUCGAAUGGGGCGAAGCAGAUGCGGCCAAACGUGGUCCUGUCGUAGUCAGCAGACAUUACAACACCAUUCGACGACGAAAUGCCAUCGGCGCCCACGGAGGCUGUUAUGCAAUCUACCACGCUCUCGCCGUGGCCAGCCACAACCUUGACCUCGAGCACAAACCAGACUUCACAAAUACCGAACCAGCCGCCCUCAUCGGCCCUUUCCCGGCCUGGGGUGACAAGAGGAAAAUCGUCGCCAUGGACCCCUUCGGUCAUCUAGCACCCUGGCUUUACAAAGACCUCAUGCAGAGUCAAGAUAUCGACAUACGUCCCACCAUCGCUGUGACAAAAGCGCACAUGAAGAUCCCCGAGCUGGAGCAGAGCGUCAAAGCUGGCCGAUUGGUUCCCGACGGCAAAAUCUGCCUCAACGAAACUGGCGAACUCAACGUCACCAAAUUCGCCGUCGAGCCCGUCUGGUAUCUCCCUGGUGUUGCUGAACGAUUCGGCAUCGACGAAAGCUCUCUCCGACGAGCCCUCUUCGAACACACCGGCGGUUCGUACCCGGAACUCGUGACACGAAACGACAUCAAAGUCUUCAUGCCCCCGAUCGGCGGGUUGACCGUGUACUGCUUCGGAGACCCUGCGAAGAUGAGCGACCCCAACGUCCGCCUCGCGCUGCGUGUCCAUGAUGAAUGUAACGGUAGCGAUGUGUUUGGGUCAGACAUCUGUACGUGCCGCCCCUACUUGAUCUUUGGGAUCGAAGAAGCCGUCAAGGAAGCCCAAAAGGGCGGCUCUGGCGUCGUCAUCUAUUUCCGCAAAGAAGGCCGUGCACUAGGCGAAGUCACAAAGUACCUUGUCUACAACGCCCGCAAGCGCGGCGCAGACCGUGCCAGUGAAUACUUCAAGCGCACCGAGAAUAUUGCGGGCGUCAAAGAUAUGCGGUUCCAAGCCCUGAUGCCGGACAUUCUACACUGGUUGGGCAUCACCAAGAUUGACCGGAUGCUGAGCAUGUCGAAUAUGAAACAUGACGCGAUCGUGGAUCAGGGAAUUCCGAUCCACGAACGAGUGCCGAUUCCAGACGAGAUGAUUCCAGAGGACUCGAGGGUGGAGAUUGAUGCGAAGAUCCAUGCGGGUUAUUUCACGACGGGCAAGGUUAUGACUAUGAAAGAGUUGAAUGCUGUCCAGGGUAGGAGUUGGGAUGAUAUUGAGCAUUGA